AAAAACUAAAUCUGUCCCGCCUCUUUCCGUGUCCGUUCGUCCUGGCUGAAAACGACUUGACUCACGUCGUCGUAGUCAUCGUCGUGGGCCCUCCUCGCUAUGGCCUUUCUUUUUGCUUCUGAACGAUGUUCCGCCCUACGUCUACGAAUUACUCCAGCGUGUCUAAAUUCGCACCCUUGUCGCAGAACGUCCAAUGGCGAAGAAAGAGCCCUCCUCGCCCCCCCCGGCCCGAAAAGGCGUACCUGCAAGUUGCCGCUCGACGGUGCUCGCUCGCGGCUUCCCGCGGCGGCUUGUUUGAGAAAUGGCAGUAGGUACCGGCUAUUAUGUAACCCAGGCCCAGAACAGCAAAAUUACUGUAAUUCUAGAUCGACGUCGCUCUUUUGUGUCUUUUUUAUUUAGUCCCCCCCCCUUUCUUUUUUGAACCUUCCACGAUGGUUAACAUCCAAUGCUGGUACCCGCUCCGGGAAGCUAGCAGAUUUCUUCUCCGUAGGCCGGCGCCGCCCACCCCCCCUCCCCUUCCUUCCCAAGCUACCGCUAUGCACUCGUCCCCGAUAGAGUUUUUUUGCUUUCGUCUCCAAUGGUGGCUGUUGUUCCCCCUUCGAGGCGGCCACCUACACACACGCACGUGGCAAGGCUCGGUCGACGACCGGGAGCAGACAGGAGACUCCCCGGGCCGAUUUGCGGCCUUAUUUUCACCCUUGUUCUUUGAACGGGAAAGUUUAGGGGACAUAUUAAUUGAUCACGUGAGGCCGGGCGCGGCUCCCAUGAUUUGCUCUUCCGGCGGCCGGAGAAGAAGGGGUCCCUUAGGUAGGAGAGAGCAGCAACGGCACUUCUGUAUUUGGCCAGGAAAGGCAGCAAGCAGGAAACGAGACCCCCUCGCCGGACGACGUUGCAUGGAUUGGCUACUUCUACAGUGACACACACGCUGACGACACCUUCCUCAUCUGAUGCUGCUAUUGACCGGGGGCAUGUUGCUAUGGCCUUGUCUUGAAGCCGCCCCCACGCCCUGGGUCGAGAGGAAGAAAAGGAAAUGGUCUUGGUAAGACACGUGACGGGGCUCGAGAUGCCACGGCUGUGUCUUUUCCAGUUGCCCGACGGAUGGCCCUUGAGGAAUGUGAUGAUGUUUUGGGGAGAGACAGCUCUGGGGUAGGGGGUUUCGAAAGGGACGGAGGUGGUCAGAUAUUGUCUUUGGACGGUUCGACGUACAAGCGGCUCCUCCGAGUGUCAAGU